AUGGCCAUACCUAAUUUCGAUGAUUUGCCCAUGGUAAAGGGCAUGCCCAAUGGCUGUGCGUGGGGUGUGUUUGAUAAGGAAGGCAAGAAGGAUAUGCUGGGCACACUCAAUCUUCUGACGCCCGACAUCGUAGCGUCAGCCGCAACGGAGAUCAAGGAGGGGGUAUCAAUAUCGCUCAAUUGGCCUCUGAAUGGCAUCAAGAUACCCUUACCCGGCCGUAGAUCGCCAGCUCACAAGGUCAUGUCCCUUUCCUCAAGUGGGAUGAUGCCACCUGGUUCCCAUGGCUGGGAUGAUGAGCUCGAGUUCAACACGCAAUUCAGCAGCCAGUGGGAUAGCCUGGUCCACGUACAACACCAACCCUCUGGUCUAGCAUACAAUGGGAUCAAGCCAACCCAGGAGAACCUCCAUUCUCGCGGGGGCCUUGUAGGCCGGGGCGUACUUAUCGACUUCAAGGAGUAUAUGGAGUCUCAGUCUAAACCAUAUCACUAUUUCGAUGGGUAUCGAAUCACUAUUGAGGACGUAGAGAAGGUUGCACGUCAUCAGGCAAACCUUUCAGCGGAAGAUUUGGAUAAAAUGAAGGCCGCGAAGUUAUCAGGGUUGCACGGGACAUCUGACACAGCCAAAUGGAUUUGGGACAAGCACUUCUCAGCUGUAGCAGGCGACAGCCAGUCAUUCGAGGCAUAUCCACCGAUCAAGCCGGAUGGUACAGAAGGGGGUCCGCAGGAUUUAGUUCUGCACCAAUAUUUACUUUCACUAUUUGGCAUGCCCAUAGGAGAGUUGUGGGACUUGAAAGCGCUCUCCUCCUAUUGUAAGAAGACAAGCCGGUAUUCAUUCAUGCUGACAUCAGCACCACUAAAUCACCCUGGGCUUAUUGCCUCCCCGCCGAACGCGCUAGCGAUCUUUUGA